AAUUCAUCCAUUUGAAGAGUUAGAGUCAGAAGAGUCAGACAUAUUACUUCAAGAAAUUCAUUAAGUUGAACUGAGCUUCGGUUUUUCAAUCAUGCAAAGACGAAGUGAACGUUUGCAAAACAAUGGGUACUAUGACAUGUAUGGCCAACCUGUUAUCUCAUACAGGGAGACGCCAGUCAGGCCCAGACGGAGGCGCACAGCAUAUUUCCCUGUGAACCACCCUUCAAAUAGGGAGAUGAUAUUAAGAGUGAGGAUUCAUUGUCGUGAAGACCAAGCAACCCAGACAAUAGACACGCUGAUUCAAAGCUGCUUUCACACCUUUGUCUUUCUCAUCUUUGCUGCUUUUGGUUGUAUUUGGUGGAAUAUUUCCCUCCACUCACGACCCUCGAAGUUAUCGAUGACACCACCUGAAAUUGACAUGGUUAGAGUCUUUGCACGUAAGGAUGAGGGAUAUCUCUCCAGGCUGCAAUUGAUGGAGACAAAGGUAGACUACCUUCUGCCACAAGUAGAUCUGUGGCCCAACUUUGCUUUGGAGUCCCAAGGAGCAACAAUUUUACGCAAGACAAGCUCAGAUACAUAUCACACCUAUAAAGAAUUUGAAUUGUUUGGGGUAUCUAUCAAGCUACCUGCUAUAGGCCCAGAAAUCGUUAUUAAGGGAAGAUCUCAUCUCAGUCCAGGACACUGCUGGGCCUUCGCAGAUUUACCGGGACGUUUAUCCAUAGCACUGUCCCACAAAACCACCGUCACUCAUGUGUCAAUGAGUCAUAUUCCCAAGUUCGUUUCCCCGACUUCCUCAGUCUCUAGUGCUCCUCGAGAAUUUUCUGUCUAUGGAAAGGAGAACUUGCAAGAUGAGGAAACUCAUUUGGGAACUUUCUUGUAUGAUGAAGAUGGCGACCAAAUACAGACCUUCAAACUUCCUGCCGAUAAAGUUGACACAUUCCACUACGUGACUCUAAAUGUGAACAGUAACUGGGGUCAUCCGGAUUACACCUGCCUUUACAACUUUAGAGUUCACGGUGAACUUGCCAAAUGAUGAGGACAAGGAGAAAAUGGAUAAAAGAUAUCAAAGGGAAUGUAUUUUUUUCUUUUCCAUACACAUAUACACAAAGGCCCACAGGUACAACAGGAACCAAUUACUAUUAUGUUUUACAGGAGUGACACAUUAUUAUGGUCCCUUUAUACUGUAAUAGUAUAGAUUUUAUUCUGACGGACUGAAAUGAGGGCUGCACAAUGGCACAGUUGGCAGCACUGCUGCCUUACAAAAACGAGGUUCAGACAUGAUAAAAGUAGCAUGCGUGGG